ACAAUCGAGAACCAUACAAGUACUGCAGAAUACUUGUGAAUACGUCUCGUAUUGUGAUCUAACCCUACCCAUAGCCAUUUUAAUCUGCCUCGAAGGAGUACGUAGAAGGAAAUACAUGAUGGCUAGCAAACUAUUUAUUUCAUGUUUGCGACAAAACAUUCCAAGCCAUAGUCGUAGGAUGUCAGCACAUAGUGUAAUGUUUCCAGAUAGAAUUGGCAAUAGAGAUGUAGUAGGUCAUGGAUAUAACGGAGACGAAACAUAUGUUGAUCGUGUUGAUUGUCCCAUGCCUGCUAUUCGUUUUAAACGAAACACUCCAGAUGUUAUGGCAUUGAGAGAAAAAGAGAAGGGAGAUUGGAAAAGAUUGUCGAUUGAAGAAAAAAAAGCAUUAUACCGUGCUAGUUUCCGUCAAACAUUUGCAGAAAUUCAGGCUCCAACCGGAGAAUUAAAAGGAGCUUUGGGACUAUCACUUGUAGGUGUGGCCCUCAGUAUUUGGUUAUUUUAUUUCUUUAAAGUUUUUGCAUAUCCACCAUUACCAGAAUCAUUUGAUGAAGAACACAGACUUGCUCAAAUGGAACGUAUGAAAUUACUUCAAGUUAAUCCUAUCUCUGGAAUUAGUGCUAAAUAGUAAAUCUAUUUAAUUUUUAUCUAAAAUAUAGUUAAAAACAGUAUAUUAUAAGGUAACACUUAUUCAAAAAAUGUUAAGUGUAAGAUUAGUAGAAAUAAAGUGUUACUAUUAAAAUUAA